CGUUGACAGUGGUGAAGGAACUUCGGAGUCGGCCAUGCCGCUCGAUACAUCAACCGACCAACUUACCCGCUUAACAUCAGCGAUUAAUCAACUUACAGAACAUCUAAUUGGCAAAGAAAAUCCUACAAAAUUGCAAGAAGACUCUUCAAGAACCCCUUCCGUGAAGGGAAAAGGCAAAGGGCCGSCAAAACGUUCAGCGGCCCCUGAAGAUCGUCCCGCCAAAAAACGGCGCCAAGAUGGCCGCUCCACGAGCACGCCUGAUGGCGAGGAUGAUCGAGACCCUGAGGAAAUCAUGAAUGAGAUCAUUGGUAAAAACAAUGUCUCAGAUGAAUCUGAACACGAACAUGAAUCUGGUGAGUCAGAUAUUGAUGRAACACUAGCCGAACUCCAAAAGGAGUACGAGUCUGAUGACAUAACUGGGGCCAAGCUCCAACAUAACCAGCUCGCUAAGCUAGUUGACAAAAUGCUUCGACAUCGUAUGUCGGAUAAAGCAUUAAAAGACAAGUUAGAUCGCAUAGAAAGGCCGGAAAACUGUCAAAAUGCAAAGCCUACUAGGGUGAAUCCAGGCAUCUGGCGAAGGCUCAGAGAUUACACUAGAAAAACUGAUGCACAAAUGUACAAAAUUCAACAAGCUCUAGUGAAAGGAAUGAUACCAGUCAUGYGCAUGACUGACCUGUCCAUGACAGGGCACCUGAGCGGCGACCAACUUCAGCAGAUGAAGAAAAAGGGCUUAGAGGCCUUAUCUCUCUUCUCACAUGCAAACUAUGAGAUAAAUGUGCAGAGAAAAUUGUUUAUGAAGUCAGACAUAGGCAAGGAUUAUGCCUAUCUGUGCUCUUCACAGAUUCCCUUCUCUGACAUGCUUUUUGGAGAUGACCUCCAAAAACAAUUGAAAGAUAUUGGUGACCAGAACAAAAUUGGUGCCAGAAUCCAAUCCAAAGACUACCGUAGCAACAAUUCAUAUGGUAAUUCGCAUGGUAGCAAAUACAGGAAUUCAAAAAACUCCAGAGGCCAGGACUACAAACCCUGGAAAAGGAAAGAAGGUCAGAGACAGAGCACAAAACAACGACAACAGUCAAAAUAGACACAAAAAGCUCUAAUGACCUGCCUUAUAGGGAAAGUUCUUCAGAAAAUAC